AUGAUACGAACAAAACGCAAGUUGAAAGGAACGAGGGACGAGCACUUUCAACCGAGAACCGAUCGGCUCCGCGUUUGGUGUUUGGAGGAAGGUUCAACCCCGAGGCACCACCAGGCCAGCCAGCGCCCCUGCCCGGGAAUGUGGGUUGCCAGCGUCGGACACUCGCGACGCGGUUGGCUCCAGGGAAUUCGGCGGCGCGAACUGGAUAACAUAGCUGGAACGCACUCGGCUGAGACCGGAGAUUCAUGA